CAGAUUGUGGGUGUUUUUUAAGUGUUUUGACAGAGGGAUUAGAGAGUGUAUUUCAUUGCAUUUGUAAAUGAGACAACAUGGAAAAGGAUGCUCCAGUUAUUUAUGGCUUGGAAUUUCAGGCUCGAGCUCUCUCUGCACAAACUGCAGAGUUAGAAGCUGUCAGAUUUCUAGUUGGAACUCAGUCGUUGAAAUUUAACAACAAUCAAGUACAUCUCGUAGAAUUGAAUGAAGAAACUGGAAAUUUAAAGACACAAAUAUUUCAGCACCCGAUUGGUGAAAUCUGGUCUUUGCAAGCUUCACCAACUGAUGCAGAUAAAUUUGUAACAUGCUUCAAUUCGCUCACAGAUGAUAGCUUGUGUCAAAUGAGAGGAGCUCUGUGGAAGAUUCCCACAGCUCAAGAUGUCAAUGACAUAGUACCUCUGCAGAAACUGGCUGAUAUUGACACAACGCCUUAUGGAAAUGAUCUAAAGACCAUUGCAUAUCACCCAGUGGAUGGUGAAAAAGCGGUUUCAGUUGUUGAUAAUAAUUUUGUUUUGUGGGACUUGAGUUUUCAACCAAAGGUUAUUACUGUGGGAACGUUCACAAGCAAAAGUCAACCAAAAUUCACAAAUGGCAAAUGGAAUCCACACAGUUCUUGCAACCAGUUUACAACACUAAAUGAUAAUCACGUUAGAAGCUGGGACUUUCGGAAUCCAAAAGAACCGGCAUGGUCAAUCAUGUCAGCACAUUCCCAAAUUAUCAGAGACUUAGACUUCAAUACAAAUCGACAAUAUUAUUUGGCAACUUGUGGUGAUGAUGGCAGUAUGAAAUUUUGGGACAUCAGAAGUCCUAUUGAGCCAGUUAUGUCAAGGAUGGAACACUCUCACUGGGUUUGGUCAAUAAGGAUCAAUCGAUUUCAUGAUCAGUUGGUGCUUACAUCUAGUAGCGACUCGCGUGUUAUUUUAUCUAGUGUCGCUUCUAUUUCUUCAGAGCCAUAUGGCCACAUAGUUUCUCUUGAAGAAGGAGCAUCAAUGGAAGAAACUUGUACUAAAGAAAAAUUAGAGGAUGGAGUUCUAGCUAAAUAUGAGGAGCAUGAAGACAGUGUGUAUGCUGUUGAGUGGUCAUCUGCUGAUCCUUGGACAUUUGCAUCAUUAAGUUAUGAUGGAAGAUUAGUGUUAAACAAAGUGCCGCGAAAGUAUAAAUAUCAAAUAUUAUUGUGAUUCUA